AUGGACAAUCCUGCUUCAUCCGAAGACACGGGCGGUGCAAGCCAGCCGAAUCGGGCCCAGAAGCGGAGAAGAGUUGAGGUCGCCCGUAGGAGCACCAACGCCUGCCAUCGCUGCAAGGCCAAGAAGUUGAAGUGCCACUUCGAUGCCACGCAAGCGCAGGGUUCAUGUGCGGCGUGUAGAAAGGCGGACGCAGAAUGUGUCUUUGAUAUUGCUCCAGAUGGUGUUCCACGAGGCUCAGCUUACAUUGCCGUGCUUGAAGAUCGAAUAAACACAUUGGAGGGAGACUUACAUGUUGCAAGGAACGAAGUUGCUGACUUGCGACGUGGGAACAGUCACAUCGGCCAUCAAAUUUCGCCUAACCCCAGCCAUUCUUACCAACGACCUACCAAGGAGGGUCGCCGAGUGUUGGAUAAUGUGGCAGCGCGCCGAAGGACCACCAAAGCAUCAUCUGCUGCGACCGACAUCACGAUAUUCAAUCUACUGGAAAAGGGGCGGGUUGUGGCAGAAUCAGAGACUGGCGCCUUGCCAGAUCUUCCUUCACAAGCCGUAGCGAAUCAGUUAUUCGAAGCGGCUUACUACGCUCGUGCCCUCAGGCAUCUCCACGCUGCCCUUGCGCCCCAAGAUUUGACAUCUGUUCAAGCUUUGUUGAUCCUGGUUCAAUAUUGCUUCCGUGCAUAUGGUGGGCCGUCAGUAUGGCAUAUUGUUGGAGCAGCAACUCGACUCUGCAUUGAACUUGGAUAUCACCGCCAGAAGAACGCAGACGACUCUGAUCCCCUUGAAGCCGAGCUUCAGAAGAGGACAUUCUGGUGCGCCUAUGCGUUUGAUCGACUUGUCUCGAUCGUAUCAAAUCGGCCUUUCAGCAUUCACGACCAGGAUAUCGAUGUCAAUAUACCGAUUGACAUCGACAUUGAAUGUACUGACAUCAGCAAGAUCCGUGAGCUUCAGGCCCAGCAGGUUGAAUGUAGGCGAUACUGGGGCCCGGAGACUACUUCGAUGAGCUCGUGUUUGCAUAAUUUGCACAUGUACCGACUAAGAUCAAAGAUUCUAACACAGUUCCACGGGCCCCACGCCGUCGCACCGUCUUUCGAUGUUGUUGUCGACCUUUUGGCAGAGCUUGAUACUUGGAAAGAGCAAGCGCCACCAACAGAAGAAUCUUCAGGCACUCUGACAUUGCCAAACGAGCAAGUUCAAGCAGCAUAUCUCCGAGCAAUGAUCAACCUAAUGCGACCUGUGCUCAGUCGUCCCUCGAUUGAUCCAAAUCUCUUGCAUCAUUUCGCAGCCCUAUCUGCCGAUGCGUGCGAGAAUGCAAAAACGCUUAGCAUUUGCUUCAACCAUCAAGCCUCGCCGAUUCAGGUUCAUACGAGCUUCCACUGUGGCAUAACAUUGUUACAAUGUUUGGCAGUGCAACCGACGGUCUUGCCCCUGAGGCGAACACUCAAAGCCAUCAGCGCAUGUUCCUCUGCUUUGUCUGUAUACACGCGCAGCUUGGCUCCGGCGGCACCGUUCUUGCAGCUUUUUGACAAGCUCUGUGACUUGUUCCUCAGCAGGAAUGACCAAUCGGACGGAGGCUUGCCAAUUGACGAACUCCGCAACAUACUACAGAAAGUCGUGAGCAGUGACCCUUCCGAGACAUCAGAAAUCCUGUACUCCAUCCACGAUGAUCAGAUGCCGAACGGGGCUCUCAAUGCUCUUCCUCAGACUACCGGCACUGAUGAUUCGAUACUCUUGGACGACAACAUGUGGAACGCAGAUUUCCUGGCUGCUCUCAAUUCUUACGAUCUGCCUGCAUCUUUCGAGCAUCUCGUGGAAACACUUCCUCACUGGUCAUGA